AUGGAAUUACCGGGUGGAGGAAACAUAUCAAACAUUGGAAUCGAUGGAAUCGAAUUUUACUUUCCACGUAAUUAUGUUUCUCAAACUGAUCUUGAACAUUACAACAAUAUCUCUAGUGGUAAAUAUACAAUAGGUCUGGGCCAACAAGAAAUGGGAUUUUGUGCCGAUAAUGAGGAUAUCGUGUCCAUCUCCUUAACGGUUACCAAGAAGUUAAUGGACACCUAUAAAGUUCUUCCAAAUUCCAUUGGUUGCCUUGUUGUCGGUACAGAAACGCUCAUUGAUAAGAGCAAGAGCGUUAAAACAGCAUUAAUGGAUUUGUUUGACGAUUGCAGUGAUAUUGAAGGUGUUGAUAUAAAAAAUGCGUGUUUUGGUGGCGCUCAGGCUCUUCUUCAUGCCGUUGAUUGGGUUCAUGUAAAUCAUCAAGUCGAAAAUCGUGAUGCUAUCGUGGUGGUUGCCGAUAUCGCCAUUUACGAGGAUGGACCUGCUCGAUGUACAGGAGGAGCUGGAGCUAUUGCAUUUCUCAUAAGACCGAAUGCAACAAUUCCCAUUGACCGUGUGCUAGCAACAUGCUUCAUGCGAAACAGCUGGGAUUUCUAUAAGCCAAUUACCUCAAAGAUUACCGAAUACCCCACAGUUGAUGGUUCACUGUCGUUGGCUUCCUACUUGGGAGCGGUUAAAACCGCAUACGGAAACUUCAAAAAGAAGGCUUCUCGUGUUCUAGGAACAGAAGUUACUUUGGAAGAGUUUGACGCUGUCUUUUUUCAUUCUCCAUUCACGAAAAUUGUGCAAAAAGGUCUUGCCGUUAUGCACUACAGUGACUUGUCAUCUGAUAAACUACAAAAUGGAGAUAAAGCUCUGGACGAGAAUGAUCGGGCAGCGAUGGCGAAAAUGAUCGAAAUGUCGUCAGAAGUCUGGAAAAAGAAGACAGAUCCGUAUUUAACUUUUAACAGAAGAAUUGGAAACAUGUACACUCCAUCCCUGUUCGCCCAACUUCUUGCUUAUUUGGCAUCAGACAAUUGUGUGCAAGAACCAAAUGAGAAGCAUUUGUUGUUCUUCGCUUAUGGAAGUGGAUUAGCUUCCGCUGUGUUUCCGGCACGUUUGAGACAGACAGAAAGGUUGGAAAAAAUUCGACAGUCAGCCAAAUCUGCAAUAAGACGUUUGGAUGCCAGAAAGCAAUUCACUCCUGAAGAAUUCACCAAAGUUUUAAAUAUGCGUGAACGAUUUCUGGUUGCACAAGUACCUGAGUCAUUGCCAAAAUUGGACAAUGAGCUGACACCAUUCCCGGGAACAUUUUAUCUUGAAAAAAUUGAUGAGUUUCACCGUCGCUCGUACAAAAUUUAUGAGGAGCCAAAUAUUGUUGCAAAUGGAAACGGAAUAGUGCAUUGA